AUCCUCCCUUUUGCUUGGAGACUCGUUUGAAAAACAAAUUCGAGGAAUUACACUUUUUAUCACUCACUUUCUUUGAUUCUAGUUUUCGCGUCAACGGCUUAUCAGAACUUUUGGACAUUUCAUCGAUCAAACUCAUACAACUUUUAAUAUUGAUAGAAGGGAAAAGACCCGUACCUUUGUGCUAGUCACUAGUCUAUCUUCUUCCAUACACAGUCUAGUCUGUGUGAAAAGAUCAAUUUAACCGACAAUUGAUUAUUGGUUGAUUUCAACCACCUUAUCCCCAAGCUCAAAAUGUCAAGCCAAGAUCAACAGCAGCAACAGCAGCCUGUGCAAACACAGACUUCGACAGCUUCGAGUUCUAACAAUGAAAAUACUACUACCGCAACUUCAUCAAUUCAACAAAAUGUCGUAGCUGAUGAUAGUCUACUAUGUCAGUGGGAGAAAUGUUCAGAAAGAUGCCCAACUCCAGAAGCUUUAUUUGUAGGUUGAUUUUACCCUAGCCCUCAUAUCUUUGAACAUGGAAUCAUUUCAAUGCCCUUGCGCUAACAUCUAAAUUCUAGGAUCACAUCUGCGAGAAACAUGUUGGAAGAAAGAGUACCAAUAACUUAAACCUUACUUGCGGUUGGAAUUCAUGCCGUACCACUACCGUCAAACGCGAUCAUAUUACAUCUCACAUUCGUGUUCAUGUUCCACUCAAACCACAUAAAUGUGAAUUCUGUGGAAAGGCAUUCAAGCGUCCACAAGAUUUGAAGAAACAUGUCAAGGUACGAUCAAGAGCUGGCGUGUAUUCUUUUCACCUUGCUAACAAUCACCCUUAGACUCAUGCCGAUGAUUCCGUUUUAUUGAGAACCCCAGAACAAUCUGGUGGCUCGAAUGGAGGAUAUAGACAACCAGGCGGUAAAGGUACGUAAGGGCGCAAGUUGCCUAUGUUCUUAUAUAUGUCUCUAACAUUUUUCUUAUGUAGUAAUUGCUAAUUUGCAACACCUUGCAGCCAAUCCCAUGGGUUAUUAUGAUCAUAAUGCUUCGAUGCAUCCUGGUUCUGCCGGGGUUUAUGGCAAUUCGCAUCAUGGUGGUCAUAGUGGAUAUUACGCACCUGCGCACCCUCAACAAUCUUCAUAUGGAGGAGGCCAAGGCUAUUAUCAAAUGUCUCACAACCCCGAUCUCGGUCAACAUGCAGCUUGGGAUGAGAAGAAACGAAAUUUCGAUAACUUGAAUGAUUUCUUCGGUGCUGCUAAGCGUCGUCAAAUUGAUGCUCAUUCUUAUCAACAAGUUAAUCAGAGAUUGAUGCAAUUACAAGGAAUUCCUAUUGGUACAGGUGGAGGUAUCUCUGAUUACAUUCAUUCAGCACCUCAAUUAGUUCCAGUUGACGGUCACGGAGGUCACGGAGGACAUGGUCAUGGAGGUCCCAUGCCACAACACCAAUACUCCCUUCCUCUACCCAACUUGAGGACCAAGAGUGAUCUGAAUUCCAUCGAUCAAUUCUUGGAGCAGAUGCAAUCAACAGUAUACGAAAGUUCAAAUGCUGCUGCCGCUGCUGGUAUUCAUCAACCUGGUGCUCACUACACUCACCAAGGUAUCAACUUCCGUCAAAGUCACUCGCCACCACAGACUCAUAUCCACAACAUUGGUUCGAUGGCGCCACAUGUUUCCACUUCUUACGCUUCAGCACCAAUGACUGCAACUCACUCAUCUCAUUCAGUUUCUUCUGGUACACCAGCUUUAACGCCUUCCUCAAGUUCCGUUUCAUAUACUUCCGGAAAUUCCCCAAUGUCCUCGAGUGGAAUGUCUCCCAUCUCUAGACACAGUUCAACAUCAAAUGCAGCAUAUCCUAAUCUUCCAGCUGUAUCACUCGGUUACUCCCCACAUCAUUCAGCAACUGCACCAACAUCCACACUUGGUACAAACUUCGAUAGUGAUCUUCGUCGUCGUUACUCUGGUGGUGUACUACAAAGAAGUGCUGGUGGACUUAACUCGACUCAAUAUCGUGAGUCUAUGGAGACUUCUACUGUUGGUUCUCCAACACCAUCACCAAAGGAAACUACACCUCGCCCUGAGUCAAUUGUUAAGACAGAAGUUACCAAUAAUAUUGACCCAGCUCUUUCUGAUGCUGGUUCACCUUCUGUUCGAUCAGUUGAUACUUUGGAGAGUGCUCGUGACAGAGCUGAAGAGGCAUGGAUUGAAAACAUUCGUGUCAUUGAAGCUUUAAGAAGAUAUGUCAGUGAUCGUCUUCAAAAUGGAGAGUAUGUCAAGGAUGAAGAAGAAGAUGUAUCCAUGGCCGAUACUGAUAUGAAAGAUACCCAAGUAAAGACUGAGGAGAAGCCUGUUGAAAGUUUGUAUCCAGUGUUGAAAACGGAUGAUGACGAUGAGUAGUUUGUUAAUUUUAAGCUUUCAUGAAGUCGAAUUGGAUGGGCGGAGUUUUGCUUGCUUGGUAUACCAAGGGUGGGGGUGAAUGGAUCUAUACAUUAUUUAACAGAAAUGGAUGGCGCUGGUAUGGAUGGAGUAUGAAUUUCAGCCUACUUAUUUUGAUCAAUGCAUGAGGAAGAAUAGUGUGCAGUAAUACCUUCGUUUUAUUGAAUGAAAUGGCUGUCAUUAAAUGAAUUGUGGUGUAUUUAUACAUAUGUAUACAAUAAGCUAGAUUUUCGAUUUACUCUAUUAU